UCAGUAAAAGUUGUAAUAAUUGGCUAAAUCAUGCUUUUUUCCAAGUAUAGCGUUGCAUAAAAGUGUUCGCUCCUUUUGUAUACUUUCCUUUCAAAAUAGAGGCGUCAUCAAAGUCAGCGGCAGCAGAGCCCACAUUAUUUUGAUAGCGUACUGGAGGUUCUCAAAGGGUGUGUUUCUGCCAGCAUGAAAUCGUGACAAUUUGCAUAAUUGGAAAUCAAAACUCGUUAUUCAAUUAAAAGUGGAGAUGGCCUCUCCCCUGGAGAAUCUCGAGUCGAGCCUGGAGAUGUUCGUGGAGAAUGUGCGUCAAAUCCGGAUCAUUGUGAGCGAUUUCCAGCCGCAGGGCCAGACGGUUCUGAACCAGAAGAUUCAAUCGCUGGUGCAAGGUCUGCAGGAAAUUGACCGGCUCAAGUCGCAGGUGCAAGACGUCAGCGUGCCCCUCGAGGUUUUCGACUACAUUGAUCAGGGCAGGAAUCCGCAGCUCUACACCAAAGACUGCAUGGAAAAGGCUCUAUGCAAGAACGAGGAGAUCAAAGGCAAAAUUGACUCGUACCGAAAGUUCAAGGCCCACCUAAUGUCCGAACUGCACUCGACCUUCCCCAAUGAGUUGGCAAAAUAUCGUGCCAUCCGUGGUGACGACAUAAACAGACAGUCUAUUUGAGUUCCUUAUGGAAAAAUUAUUGUUUAUCCUCAAAUUUGUACAUGUUUUCGGAAAUAUAAUAUUGGACAUUAAUUAAA